AUGUCCUUUGUGAGACCUGUUUUCUUGCAUGGCUUAUCUGGUUUCUUUCAUUUAGUGUUGUUAGCAUUACUUUUACUGUCAUGGUUGUGGAAGAAACUCACUAUUGAAUCCAUACACAAUUCGAGAGAGAGAAUCAAAAACACCUUCGUCACAAAGACUAUUUUUUUCUGCUCUCUUUCUGUUUCUGCUUUCAAUAUUUUUCUAUGUUCUUCUGAUUACUUGAGUUGGUCUAGAAAUGGUUUUUCAAAAGAAAAGCUUGUGACCCUUUUGGAUUUGGCGCUCAAUACAGUUACUUGGUGUGUUAUUUGUGUUUGUCUUCACAGAAAACUCUUGUGUCCAAUGCCAUUGUUCUUUGGAGCUUGGUGUACCAUUUACCUUUUUGUUUCAUGUUAUUGCUUUACUGUGGACAUUGUCCUCUAUGAAAAGCAAGCUCCUUUGCCAAUUCAGUACUUGGUUUCUGAUGUUUUCUCUCUUUGUGUGGGUUUGUUCAUUUGUUACUUGUGUUUUUUGAAGAAAAAUGAGGGUGGAAUAGAAGAUACUACCACUCUUCAACAACCUCUUUUCAAUGGUGAUACAGAAGAAAUAACCAAAGGGGAUGAAACUGUUACUCCUUACUCUAAUGCUGGUACUUUCAGCAUUCUCACUUUCUCUUGGGUCUCUCCAUUGAUUGCUAUUGGAAAGAAGAAAACUCUAGAUCUUGAGGAUGUUCCUCAACUUGACAUAAGAGACAGUUUAUUUGAAGCAUUUCCAUAUUUCAAAGAUAACCUUGAUGCAUACUGUGUUGAUAACAACAAUAGAGUGACCACAUUCAAGCUAGUGAAGUCAUUAGCCUUCUCAGCAUGGAAAGAGAUUCUUUUGACAGCUAUUUUUGCAUUGGUAAAUACAUUUGCUUCAUAUGUAGGUCCCUAUCUUAUAGAUAAUUUUGUUCAAUAUCUUAAUGGACAAAGAAAUUUUGAAUAUGAGGGACUAGUUUUGGUGUCUACAUUUUUUGUGGCAAAGCUUGUGGAGUGCCUGACAAAAAGGCAAUGGAUUUUCAGGCUGCAGCAGGUUGGAAUUAGAAUCCAAGCACUGCUUGUAACAAUCAUCUAUAAUAAAACUUUGACACUUUCCAGUCAAUCCAAACAAGGCCACACUAGCGGCGAGAUAAUCAAUUUCAUGACGGUUGAUGCCGAAAGAGUCGGCGACUUCAGUUAUCACCUGCAUGAUCUGUGGUUGGUGGUUCUACAAGUUUUAGUAGCUUUGUUGGUAUUGUAUAAAAACCUUGGCAUUGCUUCGAUUUCCGGGUUUGUUGCAAUUAUGAUUGUAAUGUUGGCAAAUGUUCCUCUGGGGUCAAUCCAAGAGAAGUUUCAAGACAAGUUGAUGAUGUCAAGAGAUAAGAGAAUGAAGGCGACAUCUGAGAUUUUAAGGAACAUGAGGAUUCUCAAACUUCAAGGAUGGGAAAUGAAGUUUCUUUCUAAGAUAACUGAGCUCAGAAAGACUGAACAAGAUUCAUUAAACAAGUUUUUAUACACUAUAGCUUUGAUCAUUUUUGUAUUUUGGAGUGCACCAGCAUUUGUUUCUGCGGUUACUUUUAGUACUUGUAUGGUUAUAGGGGUGGCACUUGAAUCAGGGAAGAUCUUGUCUUCACUUGCAACUUUCCAGAUCCUCCAAGAACCUAUUUAUAAUCUUCCAGAAACAGUUUCAAUGAUGGCACAAUGUAAGGUUUCUCUUGGCAGGAUUGCAUCUUUUCUUUGUCAGGACGACAUAAAGUCAGAUAUUGUUGAGAAUCUUCCAAAGGAUAGUAAUAGUUCCGAUUUAGCAAUUGAAGUAGUUGAUGGAAAUUUCACCUGGGAUUUGUGUUCCUCAAAUGCAGUAUUGAAAAAUAUAAAUCUUAAAGUUUUUCAUGGAAUGAAAGUUGCUAUUUGUGGUAGUGUUGGAUCAGGAAAGUCUAGUUUACUUUCAUGUAUAUUAGGGGAAGUUCCAAAGAUGUCAGGGAUCUUGAAGGUUUGUGGGACAAAGGCUUAUGUAUCUCAAUCACCAUGGAUACAAAGUAGCAAGAUAGAGGAUAAUAUACUGUUUGGGAAGGAUAUGAAAAGGGAAAGAUAUGAGAAGGUUCUUGAAGCAUGUUGCCUAAAGAAGGAUCUAGAUAUUUUGUCAUUUGGAGAUCAAACAAUCAUUGGGGAGAAGGGAAUAAAUUUGAGUGGUGGACAGAAACAAAGAAUACAAAUUGCUCGUGCUCUAUACCAAGAUUCUGAUAUAUAUCUAUUUGAUGAUCCUUUUAGUGCUUUGGAUGCUCAUACAGGAUCUCAUCUAUUUAAGGAAUGCUUGUUGGGAUUUUUAAGUUCAAAGACAGUGAUUUAUGUCACACAUCAAGUAGAGUUCUUACCUGCUGCUGACCUUAUCUUGGUUGUGAAAGAUGGAGAAAUUACUGAAUGUGGAAAGUAUAAUGAUCUACUCAACUCAGGCACUGAUUUUAUGGAACUUGUUGGUGCUCAUAGAGAAGCUUUGUCUGUACUAGACUCAUCAAAUGGAGAUGCAAAUACAACAGAAUCUGAUAAAAUACAAGAGAAGAAAGAAGUGCAAAAUGGGGGAACUGAUGAAAUGUUUGAGCCCAAAAGCCAAGGCCAACUUGUUCAAGAAGAAGAAAGAGUGAAAGGUAAAGUUGGAUUUUCGGUGUAUUGGAAAUAUAUCACCCUAGCAUAUGGAGGGGCUCUUGUUCCACUCAUAUUGAUAGCUGAGAUUUUGUUUCAACUUCUUCAAAUCGGAAGCAACUAUUGGAUGGCUUCAGCAACUUCAAUCUCAAAAGAUGUUGAUCCACCUGUUGGAGGAAGUACACUCCUAAUUGUCUAUGUUGGUUUGGCCAUAGGAAGUUCUUUUUGUGUCCUAGCUAGAGCAACACUCGUUGUCACAGCCGGUUAUAAGGCAGCUACUCUACUCUUCAACAAAAUGCAUCUUUGCAUUUUCCAUGCUCCAAUGUCAUUUUUUGAUGCCACUCCUAGUGGAAGAAUCCUUAAUAGGGCUUCUACCGACCAAAGUGCAGUGGAUAUGAACAUUCCUUUUCAAGUUGCACUAGUUGCUUGCUCUAUGAUCCAUCUCCUUGGAAUUAUAUGGGUCAUGUCACAGGUUGCAUGGCAGGUUUUCAUUGUCUUUAUUCCUAUGACAGUAAUCAGCAUAUGCUAUCAGAAAUAUUAUAUUCCAUCAGGCCGGGAACUAUCUCGUUUAGUCGGAGUAUGCAAAGCUCCUGUCAUUCAGCACUUUGCUGAAACAAUUUCAGUUCAAUAUUUCCGGUGCUAUGGAAUGGUUGUGCUUUCGCUUAGAUAUCUUGUCAUCUGUCACAUUUGCCUUCUGCUUGUUAUUCUUGAUAUUUUCUCCACAAGGAAUCAUAAAUUCAAGUCUUGCUGUGAGCCUCCUCUUGUUGUAGAGGAAAAUCGACCGCACGCUUCUUGGCCAUUAUAUGGCACAAUUGAUAUUCACAACUUGCAGGUGCAAUAUGCUCCGCAUAUGCCACUUGUUUUACGCGGCCUUACGUGCACAUUCGUUGGAGGACUGAAAACCGGAAUCGUUGGGAGAACAGGAAGUGGUAAAUCAACUCUGAUACAAGCACUUUUCAGAAUUAUAGAGCCUAUUGUUGGAAGAAUUUUGAUUGAUGGUAUCGACAUAUCUUCCAUUGGACUACAUGAUUUGAGGUCGAGAUUGAGCAUUAUUCCUCAAGAUCCAACCAUGUUUGAAGGUACUGUCAGGAGUAACUUGGAUGCACUGGAAGAGUACACAGAUGAACAAAUUUGGGAGGCACUAGAUAUGUGUCAACUUGGAGAUGAAGUUAGAAAGAAAGAAGGAAAGUUAGACUCAUCAGUGAGUGAGAAUGGUGAGAAUUGGAGUAUGGGUCAAAGACAGUUGGUUUGUCUUGGUAGGGUGCUGCUUAAGAAGAGUAAAGUAUUGGUACUAGAUGAAGCUACUGCAUCGGUUGACACGGCUACCGAUAAUUUGAUACAGCAAACUCUUAAGCAACAUUUUUCUGAUUGCACAGUCAUUACAAUUGCACAUAGAAUAACUUCUGUUAUUGACAGUGAUAUGGUUCUACUACUUAAUCAAGGACUAAUUGAGGAAUAUGAUUCUCCAACAAGAUUGCUAGAGAACAAGUUAUCGCCUUUUGCUCAACUUGUUGCUGAGUAUACCAGAAGGUCCAACUCCAAUUUAAACCCACAAAAUUAG